GAACUCAGCCGUGAACCCGUUUUGCCACCCCUACUCUUCCCUCCGUCCUCUCCAUAUGCUAGAACAUCCAGCAGAGAGUUCGAGAAAAAUUCACGAACGGCUCUGCUCUGGGGCGCUUGCAGGCUUCUCCCUCCGACGCUGCUUAAGGGGCGUCCAUGUCCACAUCUCAACUUCAUCUUCAUCUUCAUCUUCAUCUUCAUCUUCAUCCUCUGCAGAUAAGUUCUCCAUUUCACUUCUAGCUCUCUAUUGGUUUCUGGUUUUCAUUUUCUUUGUUUUGAUUUGGCUAUGGAUGCCACCGACUCCUCCUCAUCCAUCUUCUCCUUGAAAAACUCCCGACUCCCCGACGACACCGUUUUCUUCUCCAUAUUCCCCGACUUCUCCCUCCCUAAUUCCGCUGCCGACGCCUCUCAACUGUCCUCCCUCCUCCAGUCUCUGCACCUCCAAAUCCUCCAGGCAGUCUCCCCCUACACCACCUCCUACAUAUGGCAGCACGAACCCUUCACUCUUUACCUUUCCUCCCACCCCCAAUCCUCCUGCUUCUGCUCCGCUCCCAUCCCCCACUUCCACGGAAAGCUCCGUUUCGGAGACAACCUCGAGGACGAGUGGUUCCUCGUCUUUCUCCUUUUCCAAAUCUCCCGCGCUUUCCCAUCUCUCUCCAUCAAAGUUUGGGACACCGACGGCGAGUUCUUACUCAUUGAAGCAGCCUAUCAUCUUCCUCGCUGGGUCAAUCCCGAUAACAGUUCCAAUAGGGUUUUUAUAAGGUGCGGGGAUCUUCAUAUUGUUCCAAAAACUCGCAUUUUAAACCCAAGCUUGCUGGAUUCGCUGUCAUUUUUGGUGAAUUCUGGUGCUGAAGCGAGAGCCUCUGAUUCGGUUCAGUUGGCGGUGAAGAAUCGGAUAUCAGAGCAUCCAGAUAGAGCUAAGAGGAAUGUGCAUCGAGUUAGGGUUAGGGUUCCUGUGUCGGUUGCUCAUGUAUUGAAGCAUGAACCGUGCUUAAUUUCACUUGCUGUUGAGGGUUUUUAUGACCGUGAUAUUGAUACAAUGAAGUAUGCUGCAAAAAUGGAGAGGUUUUUGAGUGGUGGCAGUGGGGAAGAGCUGGUUCAAGUUUCAGUAAGGAUGUCGAGGGCUAUGUAUGCACAAUUAGUGCAACAGACAUUUCAGGCGCCCAAAUGUUAUCCGAUGCCAGCAAGGAGUGAUGGCGCUGCUUAUGUGGAGGCUGAACUGGGAAUGAAAAUAGCAUGUGGGUUUGAGAUGAUGUAUCAGCAGCGGCGGCAGGAGGGGUUGGAGGGGAAGGGGAGUGCUUGGGAUGCGUUCAGAGAGAGUUUGGAGAAGAGUGGGUAUUUCGGGGGGCUACUACCUGGAUCAAAAGAGUAUAAGAGAUUGAUGGAGAAUGCGGAAGAGUACUACAGAAACAGUUCUUUAUUUUCUAGAUCCAGUGAAAUGAUGAGUGCUCCGGUGAGGCGCAUAGAUGAGAUUCUUGCUCUACCCUAUUCGUCCAAUGAUUUUAGGCCUAAGGAGCUUCCUCCUUCAGAUGAUGAUUCUUGGCUUUAUGGUGGGGAAGAUGAGUUGAAUUCUGCUCUUCUCGAGAGGCAAAAAGAGAUGGAACAUUAUGAAUUGAAACAUAAAAAGAAACAGAAAUCAGAAGAGCAGCAGGAUCCUAAGAAUUCUUCUGGCACAAAUCUGGAUGAUUUUGAUCUUGGUGAUAUAGCAAAGAGCAUGCAAUCAUUUGUACACAAGAUAUCAAGCUACGAGGGAGCAGAAGUUCCUGAGAACAGGAACCCAAAAGGGGUGGACUUUGAUAUGGACCGUUUUAUGAAAGACAUUGAAUCGGUAGUGGGGCAUCCAGGCUGUGAAGAAACUGGGAGUGCUGCUGAUAUCGAAGAAGGAUCUUCAUCUGACAUGGAUUUUGAUGGGUCCGAAGAUGGGAGUGAUUUUGCAGAGCCUUCUGAUCAUAAUGGGGAUGGAGAGGAUGCUUUCAUGCAUUCCUAUUCUGAUGCUUUAAAUGACGAAUUGAAGGCCACCACCCUAAAGAAAAGUUUUGUUCGUGCCAAUGAGCAACCCGCCAAGGGGAAUGAGGGAUCAUCGAACGCCACCCAAGACAUGGGUGAGGACUUUACUCCUGUAGAUGUGGAUGUAAACCUUGUGAAAAGCUUUCUUGAAUCCUUUUCUUCUCAAAAAGGACUUCCUGGUCCUGCUUCCAAUUUGCUGGGACUCAUGGGUAUACAGCUACCGCAAGACGCCAGCAAGGACAAAUGAUCAUGGUUCCAUAAUUUUGUGAGAUGAGGAUGGGAAGAUUGGAAAGAGAAAUCAUGAAGAGUGCAAGUCACCCCCCUCUUAAACCAAACAAGGGGAGAAGAGGAGGAUGUAGGUGCUAAGUAGAAGUAGUAAACUGCAGGAAGAGGAGAAGAAAGGGGGGAAGAGGAUUUGCAGAGCAGACAAAGAAAAGGAAGAGAGAUAGUAUUACAAGUUUGGGAUUAGCAGAAAGUUUUGACAUCUCACCAACCCUGACUAUAAAGAAAAAUGACAAGUCUAAUGUAGGUGAUGAAGAAUAUCAGUUUAAGUUAAAAAAUUAAACUUGCUAUAUCAAUCUGUCAGUUGGUUUGUUUUCUUAUGAACCUAAGGUAGUGUUUGGAAUCAGGGAUUUUGUGACUUGAAUUUGAAUUUGUAGAAUUUAAAAAAAAAAAUGUAUAAUCAUGUGUUAUAUAUAUUAUCUAAAUUCAUACAAAUUAAAUUUAAGAUUUGAAAAAUUCAUAUUCUGAAA